CUCAUUCUUCUCAGGUGUGCGAUCAAUGUCAUAGGUCUAAAAUAGGAUGCAGCAUGGGAUUGCCAUGCAAAUUCUGCCAAGAGCGAAAUAUUGAAUGCUCUUACCGAAGACCGCGGAGAAAAACCGGCAGACCUCGAGCUACCGACCACCUGAGGACACUCUUGCCACGGUCCAACGAUCACCUUGCAUCUGUUGCAACCCCAGAAGGGAACACCGCGCUGCACCCGGAAUUCAAGACUUUUGGUGUAGAAGCAAACCAAUUCGAAAGCGAAGUCGGCCCAAAAUGCCCAGAUCAGGAAAUUCAACCCACCCCAGAACCGCAAACGACCGACCACUCGAGGGCACUCUUGCCACGGACCAGUGGUCACCUGGCACCCGGUGCAGCCUCCGAAGGAGACGCCGCGCUGCGUUUAGAAUUUAAGUCUGGAUGUACAAUGAUCCAUUGGGUGGUAUUUCAACGAUUUGACCCAAGCGGAUUGGUCUACAAUGGUUUACAGGAAUGCUAUUGUGUGCCCCUCGAUCUCGUGGAUGGUUUUGGUGACUCGAUGCUUCAAGUUAUGAAGCAUUCCCGACGCAUGCGUUUGGAGCCAGGUUACAAUCAAGACUAUCACAAUCCUCUGAUGAUGGCAUUCCCAGCGUAUGUUAUUCGAAUUCAUUACGUCGCUUAUUUAAAUUCCCGGCCUUUCAAUCCUUUUACGCAUUUGUGGGAUUCUGAGGUGUAUUCCGAAGCCAAUGCCUCUCGUACUUAUUAUUGUCCAGAAUAACUGUUGUCGAGGGACAGUUGCAUUUAGUUGCUCGUUUCUAUCAGGAGAAAACGGAAUAGAAGAUAUUAGGAUGUGAACUUGAAGAUCCCUCAUUGACAACAUCGUUGAACAUGCACGGGCCCAUAACCCGCGCCUGGCGCGUAAAAGCGUGCCUAGGAAUAGAGUCGACAGCGGCGGAACCCGUUCCUGUCAGGGAUU